AUGUCUGCCCCUUUACGCUCGCUCCCUCCUCCUCCACCACUGCCGCCCGUGAAUUCCACCAAUCCCGCUCCACCAAAGAGACCGGUGCCCAUGGUCCCACCGAAACGCACACUUCCUCUUCGUCCUUCUUCACCCACCUCAGAAUCUGUCCCAUCAUCACAGUCAGAUACUCACUCUGAUACCAAUGCAUCGUCUCAUAUGCUCUUGAGACCAACUGCUCUCGCUUCCAUCGCAAAGCCCGAUCGCCCUGUGCCGUCACUUCCAGGAAGACUCAACGAUCCCCCCUCAACCCCCAGCAGGCCGGUUCCGGUUCCUCGUCCAAAGGGCAUCAUCGUUGCAAAACCUCCUGUCCCUCGUCCCACUUCAGUUGCAUCAAUCGCAUCUAAUGGCGCCCCUGAGUGCGUGGCAUCAUCACCCAUCCAGGAAGAAGUUGCCCAGUCCAAACGCCCUAUUCCGGCACUAGCUUCGAUCGAAAGAGAGAAACGCCUACCACCUAGGAACCCGGUCGAGAUUCCAAAACGUGUGACACCUGUUGCUCCAACGCCAGCUGAACCUAUAAAGCGAAACGGUCUCGUGCUACCAAAGCGGAGUGUUCCUCAUACCCCUGCGGAUGCUGAAUCCCCAGAACGAGUGGUUCUUCCUCCGAAGCGCCUUGUUCCUGCACAGCCUACACCAGUCGAGCUUCCAAAACGAGUUGUGCCUCCACCUCCUCCGACCGCUGUAAAGACUGUGGAGACAAAGCAGGAGACGCCAUCGCCGCCUGUCCCGAGUCUGACAGUGUCACAAAUCUUGAAAAAGAUUCAAGAUGAGAGUGGGCGCUUGCACGACGGGGCUGAUGUCUCAACGUCGCAUCCAGCGCCGCCUUCGAAACCUCCUAGGCUCCCAUCCACCAUCAUGCCUUUAGUCAAGGCAGUAGAGACAACACCAUCGCUUCCUCAGCGACCCACACUCCCGGCAAGGCCGAGUCUGCCCCAACGCCCGACACCCCCACAAAGGCCAGAGUUCCCAGAACGACCAAAGUUCCCAGGACGACCAGAGUUCCCAGAGCGACCAGAGUUCCCGCAGAAACCAGGGUUGCCGCAGAGACCAGGGUUGCCACAGAGACCAGAGUUGCCACAACGACCUACUCUGCCAAAGAGGCCGGAACAGCGUGUUGUACACGAUCAUCAUUCAUCGUCCCAUACGUCCUCAACAACGACAGCGACGGCCAACGGAUCUGGUAGUCGUACGGUGCACAAUUCCAGCAAUUACGCCGCCUCGUCGUCGUAUUCGUCAAAUUCCUGCUCCAUUUUCAAGCCAGGGGACGAUCCCAUUGCGUUCCUGGAGAAAUCAGCACCUGUGUUCACAAACGAAUUUGAAGGCGAACGCCUGGAUCUGGCGAUGGCCGACUUUUCGGUCCAGGACGAUCACGCGCGAGCGUGUCCUCGAUCGGAGGAAGAGAGUAUCGCCCGAUUAUCGUAUUAUUUGACAUCGCCCUUCCCGGGGGACCAGGUCGCGCAGCUGCGGGCGAUCUUUACGUGGAUCGGACAUAAUAUCAUAUACAACCUCAGAGGGUUCAAGACCGGGCAGUUGGGCGAUAAUUCUGCGGAGGCUGUGCUCAGGACCAAGACGGGCGUCUGUGCAGGAUUCGCGAAUUUGUUCUCGGCGUUGGCGGAACCCCAGGGACUUGGGGUGACGCAGGUGUAUGGCGUAGCGCGAGGAGAAUGCGCAGCAGAUGAUGCAGAUGUAUGGGGCUAUGGGAUUCGGGUUCUCGAUCUUGGAGCCAAUGACGGCGACGGUGCAGAGUGGAAAGAAACAGAAGGUACGGGUGAAGAUUUAUGGGAUCGCUCCUGGAGUGGCGGCACCAAGACCGGUGUUGAUGGGAGGAUUCUUGCCGGAGCCGAUGAGGGAGAUUGGGGAAGGGUUAUAUGA